AUGUCGUUGCGUUUGGCUAGCACCAGGUCUGUUGUUCGAACAUCGAGACUCUUGAGAGUCAAUGGCGCCGUUUGGCGGCUCAACUCUACCGCAUCGGCAGCUGCCGAGACAGCGCAGGCCAAGGCAGCAAUUGAUCCCAAAAUAAAGAAGAUUGUGGACGAGAUUUCGAAACUGACUCUGUUGGAGACUUCGUCGUUGAUUUCUGAGUUGAAGAGCCAGCUGAACAUCCCAGAUAUCGCAUUCCCGGCCGCUGGAGCUGUGGCUGCUGCACCUGGCGGUGCAGCAGCAGCAGCCGAGGAGAGCGGUGCCCAGGAGGAGGAGAAGCCCGAGGAGAAGACGAUCUUUGCAAUCAAGCUGGAGUCGUUCGACGCGAAGGCCAAGCCAAAGAUCAUCAAAGAGGUGAAAAACCUGCUAGGACUGUCGCUGGUGGAGGCCAAGAAAUUCGUUGAGGCAGCACCCAAGGUGCUAAAGGACAACGUUGCCAAGGAGGACGCGGAUAAGAUCAAGACUACUCUGGAGGGCUUGGGAGCCAAGGUGGCUUUGGAAUGA